GCACUCGAGCUCUCAGGGAGCGCGCCUCUGUAACGAAGCACGGCACAAGGGAAAAAAUAACCUAAACGAGUCUGUUUAUAGCCUAACCUUCGAUAAACCGGUUAGCAAACAGAGGUAACCAAUUUUAUGACUAUGGAAGUGUUCAUUAUUGAGGUAAUCGUUUCAAAUAAGACAGUAUUUUGAUCUGUGUGUUCACAUUUGACAAGUGACUGUACCGACCGUGCCUCCCGGUGUCGGCUCUGUCCCAGGUGCUGAAAGCGCUGGUGGUGCGUUUCCGUAGCAACCAACGACCAAGUUUAGGCUACACAGCCAACACCGAUUUCUUAUGACAACAGGAAACGCCGAGUGGUGGAGGAAAGGAGCCCAGUGCGGUGAAUGUUAAGCAACUCUCCGCCACAGACCGAGGUGUGGAUCCCGUUAACGCGAAUAAAUGGGAUAUUCGGUUGGCCGGGCAGGAUGUAAAACAUCUUUUGAAGGAUGGGGAAACAAAGCUUCUCUGCGGCGACACUGCCACUGCUCGUUCUGGGUUGGCUCACGGUAUCCGUUACCGCUGGUGACUCAACUCUGUCGGCUCCUGUCAAUGUGACGAUCAGGGAGCUGGAGGCGAACACAGCCAUAGUCACAUGGGAGAUACUGGAGGGAGAUCCCGUCAUCGGAUUCGCCGUCACACAACAGAAGAAGGAUGUGCGCAUGCUGCGGUACAUCCAGGAAGUAAACACGACCACGCGCUCCUGUGCAUUAUGGGACUUGGAGGAGGACACGGAGUACAUUGUCCAUGUCCAGAGCAUCAGCAUGGGAGGCAGCAGUCCUCCCAGUGACCCGGUCAGCUUCAGAACUCCCAGAAAGUCUGAGAAAAUGGCCUCCACAGGCCCAGACGAGGUGAAUAGGGAGGAGAUGGAACAGGCAGUGCAGCUCAGAGUUGGAGAGCUCAUCAUCAUCGUAGUGGUGCUCGUCAUGUGGGCAGGUGUGAUCCUCCUGUUCUGUCGUCAGUAUGACAUCAUCAAAGACAACGAGCCCAACAACAACAAGGACAAAGCCAAGACCUCGUCAGAGUGCAGUACACCAGAACACCCACAGGGGGGGCUACUGCGCAGCAACGUCUGAAAACAGCCCCCACUGGCCACUCACCUAUAUGGCAAUAACCUCCAAUCCUAUUCCUCAGGACAGGUGAGGCUACACAGCCAACCAGAACCGUCAUACCUGAGGCUGCAUCCUGAUUCUUCAUACUUCUCCUGAAGUGUGCGUGUCCUUGUAUCUACAACAUGACGAUCACCACUACGAUGAUGAUGAGCUCUCCAGCUCCGAGCUAAGACCCCUGACAACCAUCUCCUCCACAAAUCAGCACCUCAGACUACAGCACAGCACCGCACCAGGAACCCAGCCCAGCUAAUCCCAGCAGCACAGCCCCGCACCAGGAACCCAGCCCAGCCAAUCCCAGCAGCACAGCCCCGCACCAGGAACCCAGACCAGCCAAUCUCAGCAGCACAGCACCGCACCAGGAACCCAGCCCAGCCAAUCCCAGCAGCACGGCAGCACAGGCCACGAUGGACCACAACCACCUACCACCCAGAGUGGGGAGACUGAAGAGGUGUAGGGUGAAGCUGCCCCAAGACGCUGAUCUUGGGUCAGUGUCUAGGGUUGUGCCUUUCAGAUUAUAAUACACAAGGUUAAAUGGACACGGGAGGCCUGAUCAUAGAUCAGCACUCCCACUCUGAGACGCUUUAUGAACAGAGAGGAAUUGAUAGGUGUGGUCGAAAGUUCCAGCUAGACUAUCAGAGGGCAAGGUAAAGUUAUUGUCAUAUUGCUUAAACCUAUCAAAUCAUUUCAGAUCGCAACAGAUGUCUAGAGGGAAGGGGCUAGUGACAAGGACAAGGAGCCUCUGUCUCCCCCUCCCUCUCUCCAGAUUACUGUCUCUACACCCUCUAUCUCCCUCUCUCCAGAUCACUGUCUCUACACUCUCUGUCUCCCUCCCUCA